AUGUUUUCUCGACUGUUGGCGGCCCCCGCGCGCUGCCGUCGAUUCGGGACGCUUUCCUGUCUGCGGAACGAGGCGCUGCCGCUCACCUCCGACCCCCAGCAGUAUGACCAGGAAGGUCGCGUGAUUGAGCUUCUGAAAAGCAUCAGUCCCAAGCCAGUGCCCAAAUCAAAGUUCCCCUACAAGGAGGCUGCAGAUAGGUCGAAACGGUCGUUUCUGCCGCGCGUGCCCGAGCUGAAUAAGCAUACCGUCAACAGGUACAUUUAUGAGCUGACUAACUUCACGUACGCUCACGGAACUCGCGUGCUGAUCAAGGAACUGCUGGCGCAGGUGGUCGAGUCGACGCCGGACCUGCUCUCCAAACAGUCUUAUCUGGACAUUGUGCAAGACAUGCACUUCUACCUAGACGAUGCUGGUGCAGAGGAGACGAUGGACCGUAUGGAGGAGUCUACGGCGUUCAAACGCGACAUCGACUUCCACAACGUGAUGAUGGCCUUCACAGUGGGCAAGACGACCUACGACGGCAGAAUUGAGCGACUGCAAAAACUCGCAGCACAGGGGGUCCACGCAAACGCCAAUACGUGGUACUAUCUCUUCCGCGCUCUCAGAACACACUCCAAACGGUUUGAGCUGCUGGAGCUGAUGCCCGAGUACGGCGUCGACCAGGAACCGGUGUUUCGCAGCGCAGUUCACAGCCUGUCGAGAAAGUGCGGAUACCGCGAGCUGAUCGACUUCUACAAUGCGCACGGCUACACUCUGGACAACAUGGACACUUAUAUGCUGAACAGGCUCUGCCGGGCCUAUCUGAACGAGGGCGCCGUUGCUGAGGCGUUCGACCUAGCGCACGACAUGCACAUGUCGGCACGAGCCAGGGCCAACCUGGGAACGUUCUCGGUUUUCAACACAUACUUCAUCAAUAGAAACGAGAUAUACAACUCCAUAGCGUUCUGCCACAAGUUCCAGCACCAGUUCAAAAUGAAAGCGAGCCACCUCCUUGCAUACGAGCUUAUAGACAAAUAUUUGACCCGAUGUACAUACUUCGAACACUGGCCGCAGCUCACGCGGUACAUGGUGCACAUUCUCACGCACAACACAGCACACAAGAACUUCCUACGGGAUGGACAUUUCAAGCUUUUGGCCAACUACGCUCGAAUACACGGACUUCAAGAUUUUGUGUGCAGGGCAGUGGAGCCUGAAGACCUGGCGUUCGGCCAGGAGAUGUGGAAGGCACUGCAUUGGCCUAGAAAUGUGAUUCCGUCGUCGUUGGACCAGAAUAGCGAAAAAUUCAUCGAAAUGGCCAAACUCAUCUCACCGACCCCAAAAACAGACAAGGACUUAAACCCAUCAGAUAUAUUAAAGUCUAGCUAG